CAGUCAUCGCUUAAACACGACACAAGUAGACUUUUAUUCGAGGAUUAAAAUUUCCCGCUGACUAGGGCAUGAACAGGGCAAACGGUAUCCAUUAGAAGAGAAGCAGAACAGAAUGAUUGUAUCAUCAAGAAUCGUGGGGAAGCUUCCUCUUCUUCAGCAUCGUGUUCCUCUCAUAGGUGUGCCCAAGUUUGGGUUCGCAUCGUUCUUGCACUUCAAUACUAGAUUUAAAGCGGGGUUUCCAAAGAAAAUGGCUUGGAGUUUGGAUAAUUGUUCGGUGAGUGCUGAAAAUAAACUGGGUUUGGUUCGCCCUGCAACUGAAGCUUAUGCUGAAGAAGCAGUUGAAGCUCUGAAAGCUGGCAAGGUUAUUGCAGUGCCCACUGACACCAUAUAUGGAUUUGCUUGCGAUGCUUGUUCUUUGGAAGCAGUCAAUCAGAUUUAUGAGAUUAAGGGGCGUAAAUAUACCAGCCCUCUUGCGAUCUGUGUUGCCGAUGUUUCAGACAUCAAGCGUUUUGCUGUCACUGAGCAUUUGCCUUCUGGUUUACUUGACUCUCUCCUUCCUGGACCUGUUACAGUUGUACUAACGCGAGGGGAGUCUAGUAUUCUUGAGAAGUCUUUGAACCCUGGAUUAGAAAGUAUUGGAGUUCGAGUACCUGACUCUAACUUCAUCAGGGCUAUUGCUCGUGGUUCAGAAGGUGCAUUGGCUCUCACAAGUGCCAAUCUAAGUGGAAAGCCGAGUAGUGUUUGCAUAAAAGAUUUUGAGAACCUCUGGGAACAUUGUGCAUAUGUUUUUGAUGGUGGUGUGCUUCCAUCAGGUCGAGCAGGAUCAACAAUCGUGGAUCUCACAAGACUAGGAAAGUACAAGAUUCUUAGACCUGGAAGUGCAAAGGAAGACACAGUUGCUAUCCUUCAAAAGCACUCUUUAGCAGAAGAGCUGGAAGCAAGUUAAAGAGUGACUGAAACAAGCUUGUACCUUUUUAGAAUUAUAUUAUUUGCAUCGACAAAGAAUAGUUUUCGCUUGAUAUCAGAGAAACUGGCAGUAUCACCGUCUCAUUGUAUUUUAAUCAACCAAAAUACAUUCUUUAGAUGUCAGUGGAGGUUUCUACUGAAUUGGUAUCUGUUCUGUAUCCAGACUAGAGAAUAGAGUUAUUUCAGUUGUUCAAAGUGAGUUCAUUUACAUUUUUGCAAGGAAAUCAUGAAUUCUUUGCCACAUUUUAUUUGGGAGAAAAUUUUUACGGUCUAUUGUUAAUCUUGAAAUUUUUUUUCUU